AUGGAUGCCUCUGCACCGAAGAUUCUUUCGUUUUCUCUGAAAAAGAAAACGCCCCAGGUGGAAGCUGACGGUGCAGCCCAUGGCGACGCCAAAUGUGAAGAUGCACCAUCCACAAGGUUCCGGUUUAGUGCAAAGCUAAAAACAGGAGGCAACCACUCAUCACCUCCUCUUCCACGGGCACUGGGGUUCGAAUGCACCAAGGCCGAGACAGGCGCACCGAGGGCACAGGCUUUGCUUAGCAUCAGCGAAGGACGACUGGAAGUUGAGGGAGGACAAAUAGAAGAAGCCUUCCCUCGAGUCAUUCCUUGCCGCAAUCAGCUGCCUUUGUCAGACUACCGAAUGCGGAUUUUGGACCAAAGCAGCUUGAGUAUUGCAGAUUGUGCGGAAGCUAGGGAUUCUACAGCCCCAGCUGUACAUACACCCGAGGUCAGCACUAAUGCAGAUUCGACCGCACCCCAUGAGUCCCAUGAGCCUGCGGCACCCGUUUGGGGUCUGCAAGUGAAGCGCGUGAAGGCUUUUCGCCAGGAGAAGCAGCAAGAAGCUGUAGCGAGUAGUCCCCAAGUUCGAGGCAUAAAGAGCGAGCCGAGUGUCGAACCUGUGCAUCCGACCGUAGCAACGGCUGCUGCGGCGGAAGUCAAGGUCAAGAAGGAGGCCUCGAUCCCUGCGCGUAGCCGGGUGACGGAUGAAGAAGCUGCUGCUUCCUUGAUUGCAGAGGCAAGGGGAGAGCGUUCGUCGUCUCGCGUAGUGCCCCUGUUGGCGCGAAAUUCAGUCUUAGCGGAAGUUAGGCAGAAAUAUAGAGGCGAGGUCUCACAGAGGGGGCCGAGGCAGAAGCAGCAGGCGGGAGAACCAGACAAGGUGCUGCUCCAGCGGGAGCUCGAGCUUUUGCCGGAUGCCCCUUUGCCUGGCAGUUCGGCGUAUGAGGCAAUGCCAGUGGAGGAGUUUGGAGCUGCUAUGCUGCGAGGCAUGGGCUUGAAGGACAUUCCACCCUCAGAACCCCCAGUCAAACGCAAGGCAUACACCCGGGCUGGCUUAGGCAGCGAAAGAGAAAUCGACAGACUCAGGGAGAAGCUCGAGCAGCAUAGGCGCAUAGAGGAAGCCACAAGGAAGGGGCAGAAGGGCUUCAUUCCGCUGAAAACAGGCACACGACCAAGAGAAUGA